UUUCCCCUCCCGUUUUCUGCACAUUCCAUGGCGAUUUGGGGGAGACGGUGAUGGUUGAGUGGGGUUGGCGACGGCAGCGAGGCCAAGCUAGACGUGCGAAGGAGGAGGAGGAUGUGGAGAUUUCUUGCGGAGCCAACCAACGCAAACGGAGAAGAGCGAGAUGCUCAGGCCCUUCCUCCCAAAAUCGCCGUCUUCCUCGUCCGCCGCCUCUUCACGGCCUCCGUCUCUCCUCUCCUCGCUACGCCAGUGCGGCGACCUCAAGCGCCUCCGCCAGACCCAUGGAUUCAUGGUCCCGAGGGGCCUCGAUCACGACAAUGUCCUUCUCGGCCGCUUCAUCGGCCGGUGUUUCUCUCUGGGUCUCUCCGAUUACGCAAUGGCGGUCUUCGACCACGCAGCCCACCCCGAUUUGUACCUCUACAACAGCGUCGUCAGGGCUCUUCCCGACGCCGGUUCUGCCGAGAGGGCCGUUCGUUUGUUCGACGGGAUGCAGGCUUCGGGCCUGCGACCCGACUCUUACUCUUUUCCUUUCGCUUUGAGAGCUGCGAUUCAGCUGUCUGCGAUCGACGUGGGGAGACAGAUUCAUUGUCAGAGUGUAGGAAUUGGGUUGGAGUCCGACGCUCACGUGGCCACGGCCCUUGUUCGGAUGUACUGUUCGGGCGGGUGCCUUUCCGAUGCGCGGAAGCUGUUUGAUGUAUUGAAUUGCGGGUCUGUUGCGCUGUGGAAUGCGAUAAUCACUGGUUAUGCCAAGGCUGGCUGUUUGGAGAGUGCCCGGGAGUUGUUUGAGCGAAUGCCUGAGAGGAAUUUGAUUUCUUGGACUGCUGUUAUCGGAGGAUAUGCUCAGUGGGAUAGGCCAAGUGAUGCGAUUGAAGUCUUUAAGAGAAUGUUGCUCGAGGGCAUAGAGCCGGAUGAAGUUUCGAUGUUGGCGGCGCUGUCCGCUUGCACGCAGCUGGGCUCGCUUGCACUCGGGGAAUGGAUUGAUAGCUACAUCAACAAACGCGGGCUAAAUCGAACUGUGCAGCUUAAUAAUGCACUCAUAGACACGUUUGCGAAAUCAGGCAGCAUAGGGAAGGCUCUACAAGUCUUUGAAGGCAUGACGGGGAAGAGUGUAGUCAGUUGGACGACUAUAAUCGCGGGACUGGCCAUGCAUGGCAGGGGAAGAGAAGCCCUUGAAAUGUUCUCUAGAAUGGAAAGGGCUAAACUUAAGCCCAAUGAGAUCACUUUCACGGCGGUCCUCUCCGCUUGCAGCCAUAGUGGAAUGGUCAAGCUCGGUCGAGGGUUCUUUGCCAUGAUGCCCUCGAGGUACGGAAUUGACCCAAAGAUUGAGCAGUACGGAUGCAUGAUCGAUUUACUUGGACGGCGUGGUUAUUUACAAGAUGCAGAGCAGCUAGUUAAGGGUAUGCCUUUCGAAGCAAAUGCCGCCAUAUGGGGAUCACUUCUUGCUGCUUCUAAUAUUUAUGGGGACCCUGAUCUUGGAGAACAGGCUCUGCAGCAAUUGAUACACUUGGAGCCUGAGAACAGUGGUAACUUUUCACUUCUAUCUAACAUAUACGCCGGUCUAGGAAGAUGGAACGAAUCUAGGUCGAUAAGGAAGGCAAUGAGGAUGACAGGCACUGAGAAGAUGCCUGGUAAGAGUUCCAUAGAACUGAACGACAAAGUUCAUGAAUUUGCAGCAGACGACUUGUCAAACCAUCCGGCGGAUGUGAUUAAUGAAGUACUGCACACGAUAAAUGGACAAAUGAGGGCAGAUGAAGGUCCAGAAGAGAUUGUAUGAUUUACUGCCUCAAUGUGACGGUGUGGUGCGCUUGCGUCACAGUGUCAAACUCUUAAAAAGUGCCGCUACAUUGACAGCAUUAAGCCUGAAAAUCUGUAUUCACUUCUGGAAAUUAGCAUCAAGCUUGAGAAGUUGAGGCCACUGUUGGAGUUCACUUGCAGUGCAGUCAUCCUUGCUGUGCCCACUCGACGGGCUAGUAAUCUGUGGAAAUCUAUAAUGUUCGAAUAGAACUCGAAAGAGGUAUAUCCUCGAUGUGGAUUCAUAUAAACUGAUCGGUAAGGGUGUGUAAAGACUGGCACUUCCCAUGCUUGAGGAGGUGUUGCUGCAAACUUCUUUGGAAUCAGUCUGGCUUUGGCUUUACUGCACUCUUCCAUGCCCAAACUGCAGAGUCCAGUCAACCGAAAAUUGGUUGGUUUGGGGGUCAUCGCAUGGUGA